AUGGGGCGCGGUCACGUGCACCAGACAAGCUUUCCGGGGGCCCCCGGGGGCCACUGGGCCAAUGCAGGUCCCCGCCUAUUGACUGACAGCACCCGGAACAUUGCGACCAAACUCUCAUUCAUCACAUCUGUCCUAUCGACAGCAUACGAGGCUUCAAGCAAGAUCGAUUCGCCUCCGAGCCUUAUCCUUGUCACAACGGCCAACGCGGCCGGACUGCAGAAGGGCACGAAAGACUCUGUCACGAAACCGCCGGUCAAGUCCCUCCAGUAUCCUUUCCUCAGCCGGGACAUAGGCAAGAUCACCUAUUUUCUGCCGGAGAAUGUAUCGAAGACAGUAGUAGAUCUCACUACCUUCCUUCUCACUGAUGAGAGAACAACCUUGGAUGAGAAUACCCUGCUCCUUGUUUACAAUAUUGGAAAUUCACAGGAUAGUAUACGGCUCUCCGCUAGCUGGGUGUCCGUCUCAGUUGCGACCACGGAUGUCGGCGAGUUACGGAGCCUGGCGGAUGAUGAUGGGGUGUACAGAGGGGGUCCGCAUCGGCCGCCAGGACAGGGCGCGAAGGGGCCCAGGAAGCAGUUCAACUGGAGUGGGUUCAACAUCAACCACAGCCCCGAGAGUACGAAAUACCUUGUAUUCGCCAUCGGCCAAGGCCCAACACCGCGAUUCUCGCUCAGCUUGGCUCUUUUAUAA